UUUCAUCUCCUUGGUGCUCCAAAAGUUGACGAGUUUCUGCAGAUUGGAAGGAAUCCAAAGAAACAAAUCAAAAACAUUUAUUCUGGUGGCAACUGGCAUGAGUUUCCUGCUGAAAUAUCUAGAAGCAGCUUUUUUUUCCAAGGCUUUCUAGAGCAGAAUAGGAUUGCAUGCUUCAAUAAUCAUAGAUUCUGUAUUUAUAAUAAUGGCAGCUCAGCAUUUCCCUGUUUACGUGCAGGAGGGGUCUGUAGUAGGAACUUAAAAUGCUUUGCUGAUAUAUUGCAACUACUUUCCAACCUAUUUCCUCUAGAUAAUAAGUAAAUUGUAUUUUUUUUUAGGUGCAGUUCUCUAGAAAUAAAAAGAUGAAGAGGAAUUUCACUGACAGUUCUUUGAUGCGUAGGACAGCAGGCUGCCUUCCAGUCCCGCUCUUCAACCAGAAAAAAAGGACCAAACAGCCACUCACAUCAAAUCCGCUUAAAAAUGAGCCGAGUAGUAACAAUUCAGCUGAUCAUUUCAAUUUCUCUGCCAUGCUAGCAGAUUUCGGAUGGGAAACAGAGAAGCCAGAACCGGUUCAACUGCAGAAAACAGUAGGCGCUGACCCGACAGAGCUUCCUAUUCCAUCUUCUUUGUUAAGGCAGCAACACGCAUCAAAGCCUACAAUGCUUCACGCAGGAAGCAACUUGAAUAACCGGAGGCCAGAGGAAAGAAAUGCCGGUAUUAGUGUUUGGAAAAGAAAUGACUUUCCAGUUUUUGGCAAUAGAACAGAAAACAAAAAGCUUUCUCAGCCUGAAGACAGUCCCAGUUGUUUGAUGAAGCCUGGAUCCAGGUACCAGAAAUCAGCUGGCCUGCCAAAGGCACCAGAGAGAAGCCGAACAGAAGCAGAAGAAGAAUGGGAUUCGGCUGUUUCCCAGUGGCCUGCAGCACCAACCGCCGUGCUGAGGAAUCCUCAGGCUCAGGGUGCCUCAUAUACAUUUAAACACAGCCUUUCCCAGCAAAACAUGAACAAGGAAAAGGCUGACCAUUUGCAAAGCAACAAAAUGAUUCAGAAAAAGCCAGCAUACCACCCUAAAGUGAAGGAAAAAGAGAAUUCUCUCAGAAUUUUAUCUGCUGUCAUUGAAAGCAUGAAGCACUGGAGUCAGUAUUCUGAUAAAACUGCUCUGUUGUUUGAGGUCCUGGGUGUUCUGGAUUCUGCUGUUACCCCUGGAUUGUUUGGGGCAAAGACCUUCCUCCUGAGAGAUGGAAAAGAGAGCGUGUCAUGUGUAUUCUAUGAGAUUGACCGGGAGCUACCGAGAUUAAUCAGAGGUCGAGUCCACAGAUGCAUGGGAAACUAUGACUCAAAACAGAAGGUCUUCAAGUGUGUUUCUGUGAGGCCUGCAACAGCUGCUGAACAGAAAACUUUCCAGGGUUUUGUCAAAGCCACUGAUAUGGAGAUGAGCAGAUAUGUGAAAACAAGCAAUGAAGCUUAAAUAUUUCUGAUGCAGCUCAAAAUAUUUGAAGAAAACAGGUCA